CAGGGCGCAGGGAGCCGCGGGCCAGGCCGGGGAGCCGCGCGGGGGCUGCGAUGAGCCCGAUCCGGGGCAGGGGGCGCUGAGCCGGGCGCCCAUCCCCGUGGCUUUGGCGCGCGUGGCUGGAUGUGAGGGAGGGGGCGAGGGCUCUGCCGACCCACGCGCGGGGGGACCCGCCCCACGAGCGCCCGCGAUGGCCGCCGAGGUGCGACUGAAGCAGCUGGAGGCGCUGGCGCUGGACCGGAACUUCCUGGGGCUGGAGACGCUGCUGGACCUCCUGCUCUGCGUCUCCCACGAGCUGGGCGCCUCGCCCCUGGCCCACGAGAAAUACAUCGCGGAGUUCCUGCGCUGGGCCGAGCCGGUGACCGCCAGACUCAAGCAGCUGCAGCUGCAGCGAGACGACUUUGAGAUCCUGAAGGUGAUCGGGCGCGGCGCGUUCAGCGAGGUGGCGGUGGUGAAGAUGAAGAGGACGUCGCAGGUGUACGCCAUGAAGAUCAUGAACAAGUGGGACAUGCUGAAGCGGGGCGAGGUGUCCUGUUUCCGUGAGGAGCGGGACGUGCUGGUGAACGGAGACAAGCGUUGGAUCACCCAGCUGCACUUCGCCUUCCAGGACGAGAACUACUUGUACCUGGUGAUGGAGUACUACGUGGGGGGCGACCUCCUGACGCUGCUGAGCAAAUUCGGGGACCGCAUCCCCCUGGACAUGGCCCGCUUCUACCUGGCCGAGAUGGUGAUGGCCAUCGACUCCAUCCACCGCCUGGGCUACGUGCACAGAGACAUCAAACCCGACAACAUCCUGCUCGACCGUUGCGGGCACAUCCGCCUGGGGGACUUCGGCUCCUGCCUCAAGCUCCGGGAGGACGGCACGAUCUGCUCGUCGGUGGCAGUGGGGACCCCCGAUUACCUGUCCCCCGAGAUCUUGCAGGCCGUGGAGGAUGGGAGCCACUCGUACGGCACCGAGUGCGACUGGUGGUCCCUGGGCGUCUUCGCCUAUGAGAUGUUCUUCGGGCACACGCCCUUCUUCGCCGACUCCAUCGUUGAGACCUACGGCAAGAUCAUCCACUUCAAGGAGCACUUUCGCUUCCCGCUCUCGGCGCCGGAGGUGCCAGACGACGCCCGGGCCCUGAUCCAAGGGCUGCUCUGUCCCCGGGAGACGCGGCUGGGCCGGAACGGGGUGCGGGACUUCCGGGAGCACCCCUUCUUCGCCGGCGUGGACUGGGAGGGGCUGCGGGCGUUCACCCCGCCCUUUGCCCCUGAGUUCGCCAACGCCACCGACACCUCCAACUUCGACGUGGUGGACGACUGCCUGACGGAUAUGGUGAGCGGGGGCGGGGAGACGCUGUCGGACAUGCUGGAGAGCUCCCCGCUGGGCGUGCACCUGCCCUUCGUGGGCUUCUCCUACACCAGCACCAGCCUCAAACAGAAUGAGCCUGGGGACAGGGGCCGGGAAAUCGCCAUGGAGCUGGAUUGCGACCGGGGCCCCCCCCUGCAGGAGCAGCCCCCCAACCUGCCCUCCGGAGACCUGGUCUGCAAGGCGCCCGACGGGCAGAAGCUGGAUCUCGCCGCCUUCCUGGAGCUGCAGGCGGCCUUCGAGUCGGAGCUGCACACGCGGGAGGGGCUGCGCCAGGAGCUGAGCAUGGUCAAGGUGGCCAACCAGACCUUUGCCAACCGCCUGCAGGAGGCCGAGAACCGCAACCUGGAACUGGAAGCUCAGAUCAAGCGAUUGGAGGCGCAAAUCGAGGGGAUGAAACCACCCGGGGAGGAAGCUGCUGUGGGGCGGCCCCCCGGCUGCGCUGCCCCCUGGCCGUGCCGCACGGAGCACCCCGCUGAUGCGGCACCAUGGCACCGCGACGCUGUGAAUACCCGCUUGUGGUACCUCUGUACCGCCACUUGCUGCUCUUUUCUAGGGUACCUAGGCCCUGCAUCACCAAGGCGGGAUACCUGCUCCUUUGUACCGGCGGCUUUGGGCUGGCGGCGCCCGGCCAGGACCCGGGGGAGCCGUCCUGAGCGAGGCCGGGUGCUCGCCCCGCUGCCCUCGCCCGCCAUCCCCGUCACCGCCCGGCCAGCACUGCGGGAGUGCCUGUCAGCCCUCCUCCCCGGGAGGUCUCACACCAGAGUUGGGGACGCCUGGGUGCCAGCACCCCAGGCCCACGGGUCCCUUCCCACCCAGAGCCAGGCUGUGUGGCUCGGCCCCCCGCUGCCAUCAGGGGACCAUCUCUCCAGUCCCCUCCUGGGCCUGCCCUGGCCCUGGGCUGCUGGCUGGGUGCGUCUGCUCCUGCCUGCCAGCCCUCUGGCCUCCCUACUGCGGACCCCGGCCAGCCCCCUCUGCGUGAGGCAGGCUGCCCCUGCCCUGCCCAGCUCCAGCGCCACUCCCUCCCACGGAGCCACCCCAAGGCCCCAUUCGUCAGCUGGGGAAACUGAGGCAGAGCGAGAGGAAGAGCGUCACCUAAGGACGCACAGCAAGUCGGGGCAGAACUGACAAACGAACCCAGAAGUCCUGGCUCCCAGCCUCUGCUUCUUUAAACUACUCCACCCCGCUCUGCUCCCAGAGCUGGGGAUAGAACCGAGGAGUCCUGUCUUCCAGCAUCCCCCUGCUCUAACCACUACACCCCACUCCCCUCCCAGAGCUGGGGAUAGAACCCAGGAGUCCUGUCUUCCAGCAUCCCCCUGCUCUAACCACUACACCCCACUCCCCUCCCAGAGCUGGGGAUAGAACCCAGGAGUCCUGUCUUCCAGCAUCCCCCUGCUCUAACCACUACACCCCACUCCCCUCCCAGAGCUGGGGAUAGAACCAAGAAGUCCUGGCUCCGAGCCCCUGCCCACUCUAACCACUAGACCUCACUCCCCUCCCAAAUCUGGGGAUAGAACCCAGGAGUCCUGGCUCCCAGCCCCCCCCCGCUCUAAGCACUACACCCCACUCCCCUCCCAGAGCUGGGGAUAGAACCCAGGAGUCCUGGCUCCUACCACCCACCCUGCUCUAACCACUACACCCCAGGUCGUUCUAAGAGGCAUGUCACUUUGGAAGUGACCCCAGUUCCUGGGGGGUGAAGUGAUGGUUGCGCCAGGGGGUGGUGCCAGGCUGGGCAGCCCGCUACACUUUCCCCCUCCCCCCCAGGAGCCUGGUGUUUCCUAGUCCCCCGGCCCUGCCCCAGCACCCUGGCUCUCCGAAGGCCCCAGGGCACUGCUCCCAGCUCCCUUUGCCCCGGUGAUCCUGGGUCCUUGGCACCAGCUGUGUCCCCCCCCCCAGCUCCAUGGGGAAGGGGAGGGGCCCAGCGGAGGGGCCGGCUGGGACCUGCAGAGACGCAGCCCACGGAUGCCCUUCCCUGCCCGAACAGAGCCGCAAGGUGGCGACAGCUGGUGGGGGCCUGCUGCCCAGGGUGCCCUGCUCCCCCCACAGCGCCAGCCCCGGGCGCUGUUCAGCGGGGCUCCGGGCAGUCGGGGGAGCGCUGGGUCUGAGGGGCCCCGCUCAGCACCAGGGACCCCCAGCGGGUGACAGCCCCGGGCACAGGGGUGGCACCGCCGUUAAAGGCUGAAUUUAUGCUGCUAAAUCACCCAUCACCUGCUGGUCCACCUUCCACCAUGGUAAUUUAUUUCUAGUGUUGGCAUCUCCCCUCCCGCAUUGACCCACCCCCAGCCCACUGGCUCCCCCCAGCCACCCUUCUCCAGUGCACACCUGGGGGGGCUCUUAGGGGGCGAAUCCCCUUUGCCCUGGGGGGGGGGAAUCCCGGCGGAGCCGCAAAGGGCAGUUUUGCACUUUGUCCCUGUUAAUUUAUAGCCACCUGCUGCCCCCCAUGUAUUUAUUGGCCCUCGGCGCCAGCCGGGCCCGGGGGUCGGAGGCGGGACGAGGGCCCCGGCCUGGAGGCUUUGUUUGAACUGUGGAGAGGAAAUAAAAAAGUUGAAUUCGU